AUGGGGACGCCCCGGAACAAGAGAAAUCAGGACCGGUACUGUGCCUUCCACCGUGACGUCGGACAUGACACGAAAGGGUGCUGGGCACUGCAAAAAGAGAUCGAGAAUCUGACCCAGCGCGGUUUCUUGGGGCAAUUCGUGCGGCAACGUCGACCGGGCCAGGAGCCGGGGCGCACCUACCGUGGAGACAGGGAUGAGGGCCAGCGUCGCCACCGCCCUGAGCGGCGUGACGUUCCUCGGGGCAACUCCCCCGACCAGGACACCCAGAACUUAGCGAGGGUGAUAAACACCAUCGCUGGGGGCCCCACGGGGGGGGACAGCAAUGCAGCUCGGAAGAAUAGGCGACCUUCCCCCGAGGGGGAUGAUUUCCUGAAGCGCUUGCGCAUGGAUGAGGAGAUCACCUUCGGACCAGGGGAUGCGGUUCCCCAGGCGUCUGGAAACCACGAGGCCAUCGUAAUAGACGUCGUGGUCAAUAACUAUCGGGUGAAGAAGGUGUACGUCGACCAAGGGAGUGCGGUGGACAUCCUGUUUUAUCGGGUGUUCAAGGAGCUCGGCUUAGAGGAUGGACAGUUGACCCCGGUUUGGACACCCCUGGUGGGUUUCACCGGACCGCCCAUCAACCCGGAGGGGAUGAUCACCCUGAUGGUCACGGUAGGGCAGGCGCCCAAAUGCCGGACCAUCCCUGUCAACUUCGUGGUGGUCAAGCAGCAAUCCCCGUACAACAUAUUCUUGGGUCGGCCGGCCUUGAACGCCCUCCGAGCUAUUCCCUCUUCGCUCCACCUCAGCGUUAAAUUCUUCACCCCGGGAGGAAUAGCCGAGGUGCAUGGGGAUCCCGCGGUGGCCAGAGCUCGCUACUUGGCCAUGCUCCGGGGACAGGAGAAGGUGGUCGCCCAGACGACCAGUUUGGAGCCCUAUAUUUCGGGGGAGGAGGCUCGGCAGUUGGGCACCCAGGAGAGGUCGAGGAGUUCCCCUUGA